AUGGUGACUCCCCAACCAAUCAAACUCGUUCAGUUUUUCGCUCUCCUAAUCGUUUCGCAACUCAGUUUCUCACAGUCAAUGUCGACAAUAACUGCAAUGUCCAAAGACCAAACAACCUGCACAACGUGCUCUGCAUGUGACAACCCCUGCCAACCCAUUUUCUCUCCGCCACCCCCAAUUCCAUCCCCGCCGCCUCCUCCACCAGCAAACAACUGCCCACCGCCACCGCCACCUCCAUCAUCGGACAACAACUGUCCGCCACCACCGUCACCACCUAGUUCCGGGGAUUACUACUACUCACCGCCUCCUCCGGCGGAGCCAUCAGUGCCCACAUUUCCAUAUUAUUCGCCGCCCCCACCCAAUGGUGGCUUCUAUUAUCCACCACCGGAUUCUUACAAUUUUCCCACUCCACCACCUCCAAACACCAUUAUGCCUUACUUUCCUUAUUACUAUUAUAACCCUCCGGGACAAGCUAUGAUUUCCGUCUCCGUUCAAUUGAAAAACCACCUCAUUACAUCCUCUAUUACUGUUUUCUUUUCUUUUUUCUUCUUUCUUUAA